UGUUUUGUUCUGUGGACUUACUGGACGGACGUUAUGGGACAGACUCAGACUACUCCUCUAAGUAUUAUGAUUGAUCACUUUAAGGAUGUGAGGGGAAGAGCUAACAACCUCAGUGUGGAAGUCCGAAAGGGUCGGUUGCAGUUUUUUUGUUCUAGCGAGUGGCCAACUUUCAAUGUCGGAUGGCCACCAGAGGGGACCUUUGACCUCCCUACCAUCCACCAAGUCAGGAGUAUCAUCUCUCGGCCUAAGAUGGGUCAUCUUGAUCAGCUCCCUUACAUUAUCACUUGGCAGGACCUUGUAGAAGACCCACCCUCUUGGCUUAAGCCCUUCCUAGCCCUGCUCCCUCUGGAGCCAAAACCCAUUCUUGCUUUGCAGGGGACAAAGAAGAAGAAAAGUCUUAUCCAGCCUUCAGCACCCCUCUACCCUGUCUUACAGGGGGGUACUGAAGAAGAAUUAAUUUUUCCUCCCCCGUAUAACCCCUCUAGGAUGCCGGAAGAACACCAUCCCCCCCCUCCGGGGGAGGCAGACGCUGUUCCGAGAGCGGGAGGCGGAAACGCUCCAGUGGGAAGCCCGCCCUUUACCAAAGGGCUCAGAGGGAGCAAUCCCUCCACCGCCGACUCCACUCUUCUGCCUCUGCGAGCCACCGGACCCCCAGACGCGGAGGGGAAUCAGCCCCAUCACUAUUGACCUUUCGCCACUAGUGACCUCUACAAUUGGAAAGCUCAGAAUCCUAAGUUUUCCGAGAAACCGGCAGGGCUUAUUGAUUUAUUAGACUCUGUUCUUUUUACCCAUCAGCCCAUGUGGGACGAUUGCCAGCAGCUUUUGCAGGUCCUGUUCACGACUGAAGAAAGAGAAAGAAUCCUCAAUGAGGCCCGAAAACUAGUUCCGGGCGCAGACGGGAAUCCCACCACCAACCAGGCUCAGAUAGAUGCCUUCUUCCCCUUAACUCGGCCCCAGUGGGAUUUCAACACGGCAAAAGGUAAGGAGAGGCUCCGGGUCUACCGCCAGACUCUAAUCUCCGGCUGCCUUUUUAGAACGGAUCAUGGAGACAUUCCGUACCUAUACCCCCAUGGAUCCAGAGGCUCCGGAAAGCAAGGCAGCUGUUAUCAUGGCCUUUGUAAACCAAUCGGCCAUAGACAUUAGGAGAAAAUUACAGAAAAUAGAUAGACUAGGAGAAAAAAGUCUGCAGGACUUACUGGUGGUAGCUGAAAAGGUAUAUAAUAACCGGGAGCCUCCUGAGGACAGGCAGGCUCGCGCCAUGGUGGCUGCCAGCAGUAAGCAGACUCGAGACCUGGCUGG